AUGAUACAAGACGUCCGCGGCCUGGCCUCCCUGGCCAAGAUGAACCGCCGCCUCAACGCAAUAACCACCCGGCCGCUCUACAAACAGACAAUCAACCACAAUUCCAACAAAACCCUCCUCUGGGCCUCCGCCACCGGCCAGAUCGGCACCCUCGACCUGCUCGCGCGAAACGGACAAAACAUCCACGUCAUCGUACGCGGUCCGCACAAGUCGGGCCACCCCCGCCGGGCCGCGUAUCGCUCGGCGCUGGACGACGCCGCGCGGCACGGACAGACGAGGGCCGCGGCGUGGCUUCUCCGGCGCGGCGCCGACACGAACAAACACCUCGUCCUGUGUCCGCUGAAGACGGCCCUGCUUCACGAGAAGUACGACGUGGCGCAUGUGCUGCUCAGCAGAUGGAGCUCGUGUUCGGAGGCGUAUUGGGAGGUGUUGUGGUCUUUGGAUGGUGCUACGGUCUGGCAGAAGGCUCUCGAGGCGGAUGACGUCUCCGCCGCGCUGGGAUUUCCCGCUUGUGUCGUCGCGGACUAUAUAUCGGUGAUUUUGAACGGCGAGGCGAUCGCUAUUACCGAGGAAGAGCGGUUGAUAGACGCCGUUGGUAUUCUUCUGGAUCCGGUGGAAAUCGUAGAUGCUUACAGAUCCCAAAGACGGGACACCAUCCCGACCCGCACCCCCUUCGACGAUACCCCCGAGGGCGAGGGAAAGCACAAGAAGAGACAGCAAUCAGAAGUCACAAUGGCUGUCUUUCCCAAUGAGAUUCUCAUCUACAUCAGCCGAGAGGUUGAUAACAUCGCUGAUCUCGCGGCCCUCGCCAGAACGAACUAUUUCCUCAAUGUCGUCACAACGCCCCUGCUGUAUCAGAUGGAGAUUCGCAAUGGAACAAAGAAGGGAGAUCACAGACUGCCUGUGUGGGCAGCUUCAAAGGGCUACCUGAGGGUGUUACAGCUGCUCAAGCAACAUGGACUGGGGUCAAAGGACCUUAACGCCUGCAGAAUUCACAUCCGACUUAACCCAAGAGACGGUCGAGACGGUCGAGACUACCAUAUAUUCAAGCGCAUCUAUGGCGAGGACAGAGCCGUCAACAAGUUUCACGGAAAGAAGUCAGCCCCGAUCCAUCACGCCGCGCUGAAAGGCCACACCAAGGUUGUCGAGUGGCUCAUUCAACAGGGGGCAUCCAUGUCAAAGACAUCUAUCGGCAUUAUAGAGUGGCCUGUUAGCAACGGACUGCACUGGUUGUGGGUUCCCAUGGCCGCAAUGUCUCCCUUCACGGCAAUGACCCUGGCUUUGGCUUUCAAGCAGUACAAUGUGGCGCAACUUUUGGCCAACAACGGAGCCCACGUCGACAGGUCCUACUGGUUGGAAGAUGGUUGUUCCAUCUGGGAACAAGCCCUUCACGACGACUAUGCCACCCCAGCACUCACCUUCGCCAGCUCAACUCGUCGUCAACGUCAAAUGCUAGAUGCUGAAGAGUCUGCUGCUGAUACAGCAGAGGCCUUGAUCGAUCCUAUCUUGGCGCUGGAUGCGUAUCACACGAGAAUGGGCAAGAGAUUCAGCGAGCAGGCAAGAAUGCAAAGUGCAGUUUCAACAGCCAGGGAGUGGAUUGGAAGAGCCUGUCAGGCCUGGGGAACCAAGGGAUGCCGAGGCCACGAGCUGAAUACAUCAACGACACCGACAACAACAGCGGCAAUGACAAUGGCUACCCUCGAGGAUUUGCCUAGCGAGCUGCUGCUCCACAUCGCCGAGGAGCUCUGGGAACUCCGCGGUCUUGCCUCGUUGGCCAAGAUGAACCAUCGCCUCAAGGCAAUCGCCAACCCGAUUCUCUACCAAGCAGCAGCCCGCAAGAAGAAGCACAAUGCCUUUUUCCACUGCGCCCGGAUCGGCCAGAUGGGUAAUCUCGAGAUCCUUCGCAAGAACGGCCAAGAUCUGCGAGUCUCGAUCAGCAACUCGAAGGAGCUGUUGAAGAAAGCGAAACACGCCUUGAAGGAGAAGAGCAGGCUUGGCUCGGAGAAAGCGAAGAAGCUGCGCGAAAUGGGACAGAAGACAGACUCCGACUCCUCCGACGAUGACGAUGAUGAGGCCACCUCGAACGGGGACUUCUUAACCUCGACCCAGCACGGCAUGGAGAAGGUCUACACCGGCGAGUUAUUUAAAAACCCCAAUGUGCGAGAGAUGAACGCAAUCAGUAUCGCCGCCGUCCACGGCCAGGCUGAGGUCAUCAGCUGGUUGAUCAGUCACGGCGUGAGCAUCAACAUCUGGUCUGUCAACCUUUGUCCCUGCCAGGGCCACGAUGAGGAAGGUGCCCACAACAUUGCGCAGACGCCUCUGCAUCUCGCCAUCUGCCACGGCCAGUUCGGCGCCGCCCAUGUUCUCACGGCGAACGGAGCCAGCCCCGAAUGCACGGAUACGGACGGAACCUCGAUGUGGCAGGGUGCCAUUUCAAGCAGUCAGCCGGCUCCGGCUCUCCGCUUUGCGGCUUCUGUCGCCGAGGCUCAGGCAUCUGUUGCCGCCUCUUUUUCACCCGUCGACUCUAUCUUCGCCGACGUUACUCAUCAUUCUGGAUGUAUUCCUACCUCCGUUGACGACACUCAUCAGUUCGCAUGCAUUCCCACAAAGGAAACCGAGGCUGCCACUCAAGACGCGUCCGCUCGCAACCCUACAUCCAUCUUCGGGGGCGAGUCCUUCGGAGAGUCUAGCCCCACCGCCGGUGACCCGGAGAUUCUUCAGCCGAUCCAGCCAACGGAGGAUCAAACCAUCGACGCUGUCUACACGAUGCUUGACCCGAUCGCCGCCAUCGGUGCUUACUCCAACAGCCGCCAGACCGAAGUCAAGCGCUGGCACGGACGAAAGCUGGAACUCAUGGCAGCCCACAAGUGCAAGAUUGUCAAGCGCGCCGAUCGGAGAGUUAGGCGAAAGCAAAAUCUUCUCGAACGGAUGCAGUGGGAGGCAGAAAAGGAGGCCCGAGAGCAGUGGAGACAGACUAAUUAUUCUCUGGACGUGAUCUUGGGCAAAAUGUGUCGAGGAUGGAAGAGCAAGAAAUUCCACCAUCAGCACGAUGUAAUCGUCCUGCGCCAGAGAGGAACGCGCGAAGCGAAGUUCCACCUCUCGCCCCCCCUCCGCCACGACACCCCGAUCAAGCUCAACUACGGCGCAAAAGUCAACGGCUCGGACAUCAUCGGCAAGACCUUCACCGACUCCAUCACCGACACCGACGGCCGCGAUGUCAAGCUCCAGGAGGUCACCCUGGCGCAAUACGUCACAAACUCAGCCCGCGUAGCAACACCGAUCUAUCCCCAGGACGCACACACGAUCAUCUCCUUCCUCGACAUCAACCUCCCCGUCCCCGGCGAGGAGGAGGAGUACGACGACGCCAGCCUCAAACCCCGGCCGUUCGAGAUCUUCGAGGCAGGCACAGGCAUGGGCGCCCUGACGCUGCACCUCGCGCGCGCAAUCCACGGCGCAAACCCGCCCGUGCCCCCGAACAUCCGCGAAUGGCUCUCCACGGCGCCCUACGAGAAGAACACCCUCCCGCGCAAGGUCGUGACGGACGCGGACGGGCUGGAAUACGCCGACGCGCCGCACGCCCUCGAGCUCACGGAUUCGACAAUCGAAUCGCAGCAUAAGGUACAUACGGAAUCCCGCCGCGCCGUGAUCCACACCCUCGACGUCAACCCGACCUCGUCGCGCAUGGCCCACGGCCUGGUCCGGAACUUCCGCAGGGGACGGUACCUCCUCGACGUCGACUUCCACGUCAGCACGAUCCGGUCGUACCUCUCCUCGCGGCUGGCGGAGAGUGAAGGGAGGUCGUUCCUCGCGCACGCGAUCUUGGACCUGCCGGCUUCGCAGGAUCACGCGGACGUGGUUGUGGACGCGCUGCUGCCGGGCGGGAAGCUGGUCGUGUUUUACCCCUCCAUCACGCAGGUUCUCGAGUUCGUGGUCUGGGCGAAGGAGAGCGGGCAGCCGGUGACGCUGGACCGUGUUGUGGAGCUGCAGACUUCGACGUCGCUUGGGGAUGUCGGGUUCAGGGACGGGCUUGGCGGGCGGCAUUGGGAUGUCAAGGUUGUUGAUAUUCGCAAGGCGGCCAAGGCUGGGACGAAGGGGGUUGUGUGCCGGCCCAAGGUCGGUAGUAUGGUUGUGGGCGGUGGGUUCGUGGCUGUGUUUAGCAGGAUGCCGAAUGCUGUUCCUGCUAAGGAUGUGGUUGAACAGGUUGAGCAGUCAGAAGCUGAGGAUGAAGUCGAGGAUGAGGUCGAGGGUGAGACGCAGCCUGAGUUUGAGACUGAAGUGACAUCUGAAGAUGGUGCUCACACGCCGAUGCCCUGA